AUGACAUUGGUGGCAGCACUCUUACAAGUGACACCAAUAGUUGAAGAAGCAGGAUACACCAUGAUCCAACUCGACGAAGUAGAAAUCGUUGACGAAGUAAAUACGAUACUACAUAUUAUACACCCGAAAGAGCUAACAAGUUUGGUGGAGGAAAUGGAAGAAAACAUAAGACAAGCAGACCUAAAAAAGUGGUAUCAGUUCGCGGGUAAUCUGAAUGAUAUCUCACAGAUACAAAUCCCACGAUGGAUAAAUUAUGCCCCAGAGCACAAAGUCGAACUACAUGGCUUCUGUGAUGCCUCUGAAAAGGCAUAUUGUGCCACCAUCUAUGUGCGCACACAAUCUGACACAGCGACCACCAGUCACCUACUGGUAGCCAAAGCAAAGGUGGCUCCGCUAAAAACAAUAAGUCUGCCACGACUGGAACUAUGUGGUGCGCUACUACUAGCCAAACUAGUAUCCAUGGUGCAAACGCAUCUAAAUAUGACCAAAUAUAAAUUGUAUCUCUGGUCUGAUUCCGAAAUUGUAUUAGCCUGGUUAGAAAAACCUCCACAUGCAUGGAAGACGUAUAUUUCCAAUCGAACGUCUCAAAUCCUUGACCUAGUGGGAUCAGCCACUUGGCGACACGUGGCCAUCGAAAAAUCGACACCUACCACACAAUAUUGGAUGAUAAUGACAUCCUUGAACGAUUUUCAUCGUUCCCCCGAGUACUCAGAGUAG